UGUCUGGGAGUGUGGGAGAGGAAGGGCCAUCAAGCCAGCCAGUAAGCAGGCAAGCAAGCCAGCGAGUGUGUGGGAAGUGUAUGUGUGCGGCGUGCGUGUGUGUGUGUGUUUGUCUACUAAAGUCUAUGUGUUCCGCUUUCCCUUCUAUCUUUCUUUCUCUCUCUCUUUCUCCGUCUUUCCCCUCGUUCUUUCUUCUCGUCGUGGGCUUCGCCUCUCCUUCUGCUCGUUGGAUGUGUGCACACACCACUCCCGAGGGCAGUGGCUGGACAGACGGAGGGCAGACUGCUGGAAACUCGAGCGUAAAUGUCCGACGGAUCGAAGAAUGUCAACAACAAUCGUAAAGAUGCCCUGCUCCCAGUGGAGGUGUGGCCGGAGGUGGAGCGGGCGGAGAGUCUUGCCCGCGGCGCAGCGCUGAAAUGGGCCUCGGGCGUCUUCUGUCGCCCCGAGCAACUGGAGAGGCUGGGCCAGUACAAGAAGAGGGAGAGCCAGAGAACCUCCUCCAUCCACUCACGCCUGAAGUCGGUGGUGCAGUCGUACCUGGAGGGAGUGGGCUGGGGGCUGGAACAGCUGCGGGAGGCGCGUGCGGACUUGAGGGAGGUGUCCAGCACGCUGCAGAAGGUGGGCGCCGAGGCCAAGAGGAGCGUCUCGGGAGCCUCCAACCUGGAAGCCCUGCAGGAGCUCGCAGACAACCAUUGUCAGCUGCUGGCAGCUGUCAGCAACCUGCCCCGCCUAUACUUAGUGAAGAGUAAGGUUCUGGAGACGGAGCGGCUGGUGGAGUCCCGCCGGCUGCUGGAGGCCCAUGCCCAGCUGAUGGAGCUGGAGCAGUGGCAGGACGAGGUGCUGCUGCAGCUCUGCUGUCCUCCAGGAGGGGGCAGCAGCAGCGGGCCCACCCUGGCCCCCCAUGACGAGCGCAUGGUGCGGGACUACUUCUCUGGCGUGGGGCGGCUGGUGGAGGCGCUGGGCCGCGAGCUGUGGACGGUGGUGGGGAGCAGCCUGGUGCUGGCACGCCAGAACCCCACGCUCUUCGUGUCGGCCGUGCGCAUCAUCGAGAGGGAGGAGGCGUUGGACCAGGCCCUGCUGGAGGAGAGGGGGCCCGGGGUGUGGGCGGCCCCGGGGAACGUCAAGCCCAUGCCCCCCGGGAGGCCGCGCUGCUGGAGGGAACACUUCUUCAAGGUGAUAGAAGAAGCCGUGUCGGCGCGUUUCCGCAGCGUCUCCUACCUCCACACCCGGGGCCCAGGUCUGGCCGGCCACCUGUCCGCCCUGCAGCACACCGUGAUGGGGGACCUGGCCACGGUGCGGCACCUCCUGGAGCAGUGUGUGCCGCCGCACUACCGGCUGACGCGGGCCUACCUGCGCGCCUGCCACCACUGCCUGCAGGCCCACCUGGGCCAGGUCAGCACCUGGGACCUGGAGAGCGGAGAGAUCUUCGCCGUGCUCAACUGGGUCCUGCACAUCUAUUGCAGUGCAGACAUGAUGGGUCACCCGGACCUGGUGGCUGAGAGGACGCAGGAGGAGCUGGGGCCCCUCAUACCGCACGAGGGCCUGGAGCAACUGCAGAACAAAUACGUCCAGAGUGUACAGAGAAGUGUGUCGGAGUGGAUGCACAAGGCCUUGGAGGUGGAGCUGACAGACUGGCAGAGAGACGAGGAGCCAGACACAGACCACGAGGGUUACUACAACACGAGUUUACCCACCAUCAUCACCCAGAUGCUUGAAGAGAAUGCCAGAGUGGCCUUCAUGAUCAGUGAAAGCCUUCGGGACCAAACCAUUCAGAUGGGACUCUUUGAGAUGGAGAAUCUGCUCAACAGGUUCAGAGAAGCCCUUGUUGAGUUUGGGAAGGAGCAUCGCAAGGAGACCAACAGUGAAAACAAGUUCUACCUCCAUUACCUGCUGGCGUGCAUCAGCAACUGCAUCAUCCUCAAGCACUCCACAGAGACCCUCCAGAGGCAGCUGAGGACACCGCUGACGGGCCGCUUCUCCCGCACGCCCCCCGGGCCCCUGACCGCCCUGGAGCGGGCCGUGAAGAAGGCCUGCCGCCUGGUCAUGGACCAGCUCCUGCAGGACCUCCAGCCGUUCCUGCAGGGGCUGCUGACGCGCUCCUGGCUGACGCAGGGCAACGUCACCCCCAAGCUGUGUGGCGUCCUGGAGCACCACCUGGAGCUCUACGGCCGUGUCAGGCCACCCUGCCGAGAGAGGUUACAGGAGGAGAGCCAGUGGCUGACCGUGGUGGAGUACGUGCGAGCCCUGAUGCAGAAGAGGCUUGUCUGCCGAAACCUGGACGAGAGGCUACAGCUUGCCGAGCGCAUGGCACAAGACGCUGCUCAACUGAGGGACGUGUUUCAAAGCGCUGAGCCUGAGGGGGUGGAGAGCGAGGUGAACUACAUUGCCCUGCUGAGUGUGCUCUCUGACUUCAUCAAGUUGAGGGACCCCAGCAUGCUGUCCCUGGAGGUCUCUGGCCUGGUCGCCAAGUACCCCGACAUAAGCGAGGAGCAUGUGCUGGUGUUGCUGGAAGUGCGGGGUGACGUGACCAGGGACAUUCGAGGGACAGUGUUGGACAUAGUGGAAAGGACAGUCCCAAAGUUGCCUGCAGGCUAUCGGCCCAUGUUCUCUGACAUCCUGGUGCCAGCAACAAGCAUGUCAUUUUGUAUACCCACGGCAAGGUGUGCUUGACCAAAGCAUCCUGACUACACUCUGCUACAAGCUGCAGCCUAUGCUGGAGCUUCAGACAUCCCUCUCACAACGACCGUUCGAGUGCCCCCAAUGUGUAUGUGCAAUGUGUGAUAUAGACCAGUUUGUCUGACCAAACACAGAGCAGAUGCCAUAAACCAAAUUGAUUGUUAUGAAACGUAUAUUUGUCUUUUGAGACAUGGCUGACUGCAGGACGGUGAACAGUUUCAAAGAUGGACAUCAGAGAGGGCUACCAUUUGCAGAAUGUGCAUAUAUCCUGACAGCAUGCUGCCAAGUUG